AUGGGUCGUACAGCGGGAUGGGAAGGGUUGCGAUCGUGGGAUCGGUGGUGCACACCGUCCGUUGACUGGCGGGCAUGGUUCUCUCGGCGGAGAAAAACUAAGGGACCGUUCGGAUUUGAAAAAUGGUCGAUCAUUUGUCGAGUUUCCACAUUCAAACCUGCCAAAAUCGUGAUUGGAAGGUUUCCAGAGUGGCCAGAACUGAAAAGAUCGAGAAAAAAAUAUUUGGUCGACCGUAGCGGGAUGGGAAGGGUUGCGAUCGUGGGAUCGGUGGUGCACCACCGUCCGUUGACUGGCGGGCAUGGUUCUCUCGGCGGAGAAAAACUAAGGGACCGUUCGGAUUUCGAUUUUGGUCGAUCAUUUGUCGAGUUUCCACAUUCAAACCUGCCAAAAUCGUGA